UGUUGUGACGGUGGAACGUUGUCUCUGGUUUAACGAAAACUCUUACAGCAUCGAAACAGUUAAUGGUAGUUAGCGACAGUUGCUCUGACAAACCCUUGAAGGAGUAACAAGUGUUUAGUGUGAGGAAGUUUAGUUAUAGCUGGCGGAGGGUUGUUUCCAAACGCCAAAACUCAAACUUUGUUUAAAGAUAUCGUCUCGUUUUGAAAUUCGAAUGUUUUUGUUCAUAAUUAGAUUUUGCGUCUUUUAAGGAACUUUGAAGCUCAGUUUAGGGAGCAUGACAAUGAUCUGAAAUGCACUAAAGCGGAUCACCAGAGCGGAUCAUCAGGAUGACAGAACCAGCGGAGCAGACCCAUCACCUGAAAACUUCAGGCAGCCCAUCAGGUGGGAGCAGUGGAGGCGCGUUGGAGCAUCUCCCAGCCCGGAGCCGUGGAGGUCCAGAGAAUGGCGACAGGGGGCGACAGAGAGACCAAAAACAGCAACAGCGGGCGGGGAACUGUGGGGAUAUCAACACAGACAAGUUAUGGCAAAUGAAAGGCGGACAGAGGGGGGUGUGCCCUGCCUUGGCAGCCGGAAACGAUGUCCCGAAGUGCCCGGUUGCUGCUCAGCCUCAUCAGAAAUCCGAUGUUCGUGCAGCGGAUGACGAUCAUCACAUCUCACAGGAGAAAAACGGUGAGGACAGACCGCUGAAUGAGACUUUAAACCGGGUACAGGACGAGAGUUUGCUCAUCGACUCUGACACUGGCUUGGAGGCGCGUCAGGGCAAGAAGAGGCACAGGCGUAGGACCUCCAAGAAAAAGCGCAACUGGAAGCCUUACUAUAAACUUUCAUGGGAGGAGAGGAAAGCCCUUGAGGAGAAGGAGACGGCCAGGGCUUCCCGGCUAAGAGAGGAGAUGUUCGCCAAAGGGCUCCCAGUGGCCCCCUACAACACCACUCAGUUCCUGAUGGACGAGCACGACCGAGAGGAGCCCGACCUCAACACUGAGACCGGGGUCAGAAGACCCUCGGGGGCCAGUGGCCGCAUGGAGGACACUGGCAGUGAGGAGGACUUUUUCGACAACGAAGAGGAGGACGAUGAUGACGGCAGCGGAGGAGGCAGCGACGGCAUCGGGAGGCCCGGGAACGCAGGUGGGGAGUUUCUCCAGAGGGACUUUUCCGAGACCUACGAGAUGUACCACGUCGAGAGCCUGCAGAACAUGACCAAGCAGGAGCUGGUGCAGGAGUACCUGGAGCUGGAGAAGUGCAUGUCCCGGCUGGAGGAGGAGAACAACCGGCUGAGGAGCGCCGUGGAGCCUGGAGGUCUGACCGUGGAGAGCUCUCUGGUCCGGCUGAGAGAGCUGGAGAGGGAGCUGGAGAGACUGAGGGCCCAAAACACGGAGCUUCUCCUGCAGAACCAGGAUAGGGGACCUGUCCCUACCAACUAAAGAACUCUUUUCGUGUCAUUGAAAUCCUGAGAAGGUAAAAAUGGGACUGCUGCAUUUUUAAAAUAUUGUCAUCAGUGUUCUGUAAACAGUCUGUCAUCUGGACUGACGAGUCCUUGCAUUGCAAUGCAAUACUUGACGUUUUUUUCUAUUUGGACUGUAAGGGUGUCCUGUUAAUUUUUUUCAAGAAAAAUGUAAAUAAUUUAAAAUAAGAUUCGUUUUUAUAAAGAGAAUGUAUCCGACAACGCGAGCAUAUUUUGUUUGUUUCUUGGGUCAACUUCGUAGGAAUCAUCUGUUCCGUUUUUUGGACUUAAAACAUCAAUUCUAUGCUGCAUUUCCCCAUUUAAUAAUUGAAUUACAGAAACACUGCUUAUCGGGCCAGCUGUGCAAGGACUUCUUUUUGCAGAAGAAAAUCCAGUGUGAACAUUUUAACAGUUGUGUGUUAACAUACGUUCAAAUAAAAAACAAAUUCUGAA